UUGACCUGUAUAAAAUAGCACGCCAAUCUGGGCUCUUAAAGAGUCGGCCUUUUGCUGCCAAACCCUUCAAAUACUAGCACCACCAUAAUGACGUUAUUUGUUUUCCUUGCCGCCACUUUGGCGCUCGCGACCGCCGGUACGGUCGAGCCUUCUCUCAAACUCGCCGUCGAGUCGGGCAGCGCGACCGAAGCGAUCUUCGAACUGCCUCAAAUCAUUGACCAAAUCGAAUCCAACCUGGUCCUCCAGUCCCUUACAGGAGACGCCAAGAUAAUGCUACGCAAGUAACGAAUGCCGUAAAUUGCAAUGGGAAUAUCCGCAGUUGUUCUGAAACCAAACUUUUUGACUUGCAAUGGAACGUUUUUCAAACUACAUCGGGAUUUCUUAACGAAUGAUAUCAAAAAAUCAAGUUAAAAAUUAGGAAUUAUCACUAAUAUUUUCCUUGAAUAGCCCGUAGGAAACUAUUUGGAUCAGAGUUCAAAGUCCACCAUGAUUUUCGUCCAGUGGAGGAAUAAGAUGCUGAACAUUUACUUAAAAAUCGAACUUUGCCUCCAAUAUUUUUCUUUAAAGUGGACAUUCAACGGAAAGUAUCAUGUGAUUCCUAAUUUUUGGCUUGACUUUUUAAUAUACUCUCUAGAUAAUCUUGGUGUAGCUUGAAGAAAGGUUCAACUUUUAGUUUGAUUUUUUUUGGAAUUUUGAUUUAAAUUUAAGUUUUCAUUUUAAAAAUAUCUACAAAUAAAAUUUUAGCCUUCAAUCGGAUUCAGGUUUUUCAUCUUCAACGAACAAAUUAAAAUCUCGUCAGUCUUACACAAAUAAAUAAAUACAAAAUAAAUACAAAUAAAUACAUAAAUAAAUACAAGUCAAAUUGUUACUCAGAUUUUAGAGCAGGCAAAUUUUACUUGAGAAACAAUAAUUUCAUUUUAGGGACGUGAAAAGCAUAUCAGGCUGCCAUAGGCUUCCGUGGCUUCCGAAAAGACACGCACGCUAUAAACCCUAGUUGCUGGAAAAUAGCAAAUUUUGAAAUAGAUAAAUAAUAAAUUGACGCUUUUGUUGGUAAAUGGACUAACUUGCUGCUAGCUUUCUUUGUGAACUGAUAUAUGUCGAGAAUUAAAUAAAAACAGAACUACCCGUUACCCGUGCGGGUAGUUCUCGCUACCCGCAGAAAACGGGUACCCGCAAGAAUCGUGCGGGUAUGCGGGUAACGGGUACCCGACCCGUUACCCGCGGCAACCCUACUAAUCUCCUAAUCUCCACACUUCAAGGCCUCACCUCCGCUGCGCAAGCUCCCUUCGUCUCCGUCGCGGAAUUCCUCGGGCUCGAAACCCAGCAAUUCUGGGGUUCAAACAUCAUCCUGGUCAAAAACUUAACUCCCUCCAAACUCUCCUCCCUCGCAGCCACACCCGGAGAUUUCAUCAUCCGUAAACAACACACCGCCUACGUCGACUCGAUCGUCGAAGGCCAUGAAUUUCAGACCCUCAACUCCACCCAAAAUCCGUCAUGGGGCAUUGCCCGAAUCCGGGCUUCUGACGCCUGGGCCGUCACAAACGGGACCGGCAUCGUCGUUGGCAUCAUCGACACCGGCGUCAAUGUUGGACACGAAGCCCUCGCCGGCGGAUAUGCCGGCGCCUGGUCGGACCCCUGGUACGGCACUGAUGGACCAACUGACACACAUGGUCAUGGAACUCACUGCGCGGGAACGAUCCUAGGACGAGCUAACGGGAUAGGGGUAGCGCCUGGAGCAACAUGGGUCGCCUGCCGCGGGUUGAACGAUCAAGCCGGAGCAGUUGAGACAACUCUGACCCAUUGCGCUGAAUGGAUGCUGGGCGCCAACCCGCGACCCCAUAUCGUUUCAAACUCGUGGGUUUAUAGUUCUGGGGUAAACUGGUACAACCCUCAGAUCGCGGCUUGGCGAAAUGCUGGAAUCACCCCAGUUUUCGUACUUGGAAACGCUGGACCUGCCUGCGGAACUGCGCAAUCUCCGGGGGAUCAGGAAAACGUGAUAUCUUUCGGAGCCACCACGGAUACCGAUGCCGUUGCCAGUUUCUCAUCCAGGGGUCCAACGCCUCAUGGACAGAUUAAACCCGAUUUCUCUGCUCCGGGAAUUCUUAUCGUUUCCGCUGGGACUGGAAGCGAUAACUACGUUUCUAUGUCCGGGACUUCAAUGGCUACCUUACACGCCGCCGGAGCAGUCGCCCUUAUCCGCGCGGCCAAUCCGGAUUGGAGUUUCGAACAGACUUGGGACUCACUUAACGCUGGGGCAGCCGCCCCUCCCAUGACCAACACGGACAGAGUUUGCGGACUCCCAUUUUUCCCUAGCGAUUUCCCAAAUUAUACAUUUGGUUUCGGCCGUAUCGACGUGGCUGCUUCUCUUGGUGUAUAAAUUUGUCCAUGUUGAACUAAUUCUGCGGAGAAUAAACCCUAAAAACCGGUCUUAAAUAUUUACUUACUUAAUUGGUUUAAAUCUGCUUCUAAAUAAUAUUUAACAAUUUUGCGAUAAACAAAAUUUCUGUUUCGUUUAACUGUUUCGUUAACUGAUUACAUUAAAGAACACACAUUACAGACUAUUGGA